ACGUUAAAUAAAAUAGAUGUAUAAAUUCUGCAGGUUACAUAACUAGUGCUACCUAUAAAUUUCAGAAUGAUGGUAAGUUGACCUUAACCAUACACUGAAAAUCAAGAUGUCCAACGUUUUCUUCGACAUUAUUGCUAACGGCCAACCCUUGGGACGUAUUGUCUUCAAGUUGUUCGACGACGUUGUCCCCAAGACCGCCGCCAACUUCCGUACUCUUUGCACUGGUGAAAAGGGCUUUGGCUACGCUGGAUCCACUUUCCACCGUGUCAUUCCCCAAUUUAUGCUCCAAGGUGGUGACUUCACUCGCGGAAACGGUACCGGUGGUAAGUCCAUCUAUGGUGAAAAGUUCCCUGAUGAGAACUUCUCUUUGAAGCACAACAAGCCCGGUUUGUUGUCCAUGGCUAACGCUGGUCCUAACACCAACGGAUCCCAAUUCUUCAUUACCACCGUUGUUACUCCUUGGUUGGACGGUAGACACGUCGUUUUCGGUGAAGUCACUAGCGGUAUGGAUGUCGUUAAGAAGGUUGAAAGCUUGGGUUCUAACUCUGGUGCCACCCGUGCUCGCAUUGUCAUUGACAAGUGUGGUACUGUUUAAUUUCCUUUCUGUUUAUAUGACGAUUAUGAGCGAAAAGAAAAUAGUACAUGAUUUGCUAAACAAAAGUUGCAACCCUAUUUUUUUGACUAGUCGUAAAUCACUAAGUAUGAGCGUAAAGUAGUAGCGCAUAAAUCUAUUUUAUUCUAUAUACCAAAUCAUUUUGAA